GAAAUGAGCGGAGCCGGAAGCAGUCACUGGCAGUCAGAAGACCGAAGGAAGGCGAAACCGAGGCACGGAGAGAAACGAGGCGAACACGAAUACAAGAAGAGCUUCAAUGCAAGAAGUGAACACCGUGCCAAAGAGAAUGGACCCAUGAAGUGCAUGUACUGCGGCGGAGAGCACAAGUUGGAAGUGUGCCCCAUGUUUUGCCAGUGGACUGUUGGGAGCAGGUACCACUUCUGCAAGACGAAGGGUAUAUGUUUUCGCUGCCUUUCAGGAACUCACAACGGCCGUAACUGUCGCCAGUAUCCUGGCUGUUCUGUCGCGGCGUGCGGCGGCAGCCAUCAUACACUACUGCACGCUGAAGCCAGCGGUUUGACCUGCUCCGAGGCUCCCACCGGAGGCGCAGCCAUUCGGGAGACAGAACAGAGGACCGCUAAUGCUUCGCAGGUGUUCAAAACAAAACAGGUUCAAGAAGACACGAGCACCGUAGCGUUCCAGACAGUCCCUGUCAGACUGACCAAUGGAACAAGAUCAGUGGUGGUGAACGCGCUGCUCGACCCCUGCUCGGACGCAAGUUUCGUCACCAGAGCCACUGCUGAAGAGCUGAAACUCAGUGGAACCGAAGAAAGGUUUGAGUUGGGGACGGUGAAUGGAAAUGAAUCGGUGAACAUGAAGAAAACCGAAGUGAAGAUGAGUUCUCUGGAUGAGAAGUUUGGCAUUGACUUGAGUGCCUUCGUCAUUGAUGACCUGUCAAGUGCUUCUACGAUCGGUGAUUGGAAUGGCAUUAAGUUGAAGUGGGACCACCUGAAGUCUCUGCCAUUUCCAACACCUACGAAAAAGCAAGGCGUUGACAUGCUCAUCGGACUUGCCAGGAACACCAUGGCACUCUUCAUUCCGCUGGAGACUGUGAAGGGCGGUGAAGACGAUCCAGUGGGUAUCAGAACACCGUUGGGAUGGACGGCAUUCGGAGUUCUCGGAGGUGAGCGCAGCGGAAGCAACAGCAAGACGAUGAGGACGAACAUGAAGGUGAUGAAGUUGGAAGAGUUGAAGAAGCUGAAGUUGGCUCCUUCUGAAGAGGCGCCACCAAAACCAGAGAAGCAUAAUGAAGAAGAAAUCGAAGCAAUGAGGGCAAUGACCAGUUUGGACCUGAUCGGGAUCCAAAAUGAAGCUGAAGUUCUGUCCCAUGAAGACAAGAUAGCGACAAAAAUGAUGGAAACAUCUCUGAAGUUUGAUGGCGAGCGCUAUGAAGUUGCUGUCCCGUGGCGAGACGGAAGGCCAAACCUGCACGGAAACUUUGGAUACGCGGUCAAAAGGCUCGAGAGGACCGAGAAGUCGUUGACGAAGGCGGGGAAGGAGCUGCUGACGGACUACGACGCCGUCUUUAAAGACUACCUCUCCAAGGGCUACAUGAAGAAGCUUGAAGGUGAAGACAGGAUGACUGCUGAAGAGGACGGAUGGUUUCUGCCACAUUUUCCUGUGAUAAGAAGCGACCGAGUCACCACGAAACUGAGAGUGGUCUAUGACGCUGCCGCCAGCUUCAGAGGCAGAAGUCUCAACAGCCAGCUCUACACGGGUCCAUCAAUGUGCAACGACCUCAUUGAAGUUUUGCUCGGUUUCCGUCGGCACCCAAUCGCCCUCACGGGCGAUGUGAAGGAAAUGUUCCUGCAGGUGAAACUUCCAGAAGAAGAUCAGAAGUAUCACAGAGUGUUGUGGAGGAACGGUGAUGAAGAACGUGAAGUUGAUGUAUAUGAAGCGAGCAGGUGGUUAUUCGGCAACGCAGCAGCACCCUUCGCAGCGCAGUUUGUUGUGAAGCAGAACGCCGAGAUUCACGCAGAGAAGUUUCCCUUGGCUGCAAAUGUCGUGAAUGAUUCGUUCUAUAUGGAUGACGCCAUCACCUCAUUUGAAGAUGUCGAAGCAGCAGUGGAAGCUCGGAAACAGCUGACCGAUCUCAUGGCAGGUGCUGGAAUGAAGAUAAGGAAGUGGAUGAGCAGCCACACAGAAGUCAUGGAAACUGUGCCACCUGAGGAUCGAGCUGAGAAGUCUUCCGUGAAAAUCGAACAAGAUUCUUCUCCAAACAAGGCUCUGGGUGUUGUCUGGAACGCAGAACAUGAUGUGAUCAGCGUCAGCUCCGGUCCGAGGACAGAUGAAGCUGAAGACAAAGGCACAAUCAGAACCAAGAGAAGUUGUCUGAAAGUUCUAGCCUCCGUGUUCGAUCCGCUCUGCCUCUGCUCGCUUUUCACGGUCACAGGGAGGCCACUGUUUCAACAGACAUGGCAGCUGAAUCUGGACUGGGAUGAUGACCUCCCACCGGAGCUGGAACGGAGAUGGAGAAGAUGGGAGUCAGAGCUGCGAAGAUUGGAGUCAGUGAACGUGCCUCGCUGUCUGCAUCCGUUUGAAGAGGUCUGCCGGCAGGAGAUACACGUGUUUUCAGACGCGUCAGAGUCUGCAUACGCCGCCGCUAUAUACGUAGUCAGUUAACAGGAUGAAGAAAGGUCAUCAAGACUGGUCAUGUCAAGGGUCAGAGUGGCGCCCAAGUCGACAAAAGUCAGCAUACCACGGCUCGAACUCAUGGGAGCACUGCUUGGCGCCCGGCUAGUGAAGAAGGUGUGCAAGAUGAUUAACAUUCCGAUGACCGGAGUAUUCUUCUGGUCAGACUCAGUGAAUGUUCUCUGCUGGAUCCGCAACGACGUCAGCAGGUUCCAGAGCUUCGUGGCACACCGGGUGUCGGAAAUCAGAGACACUACAGAGCCAAGACAGUGGCAGCACGUGCCCGGGACAAGAAACCCAGCCGACCUGCCGACCAGAGGCCAGAGCUUGGAUGAGAUGGCCCAAAGCAAGAUGUGGUGGGAAGGUCCUGACUUCCUGUGUCAGCCACCCGAUUAUUGGCCAGAGAAGAAAGAUUUCUCACAGGAGAAACUCGACAGAAGUGAAGAUCGACAGACAAAACAGGUGAAGAACACGCAGAUGAAGAAUCUGGAAAAGGAGUCACGCCUUGAUCCUGCUCGUUUCUCAUCUUGGGUGAAGUUGGUGCGAACCACUGCUUACGUGCUAAGGUUCGUGUCAAAUCUGAAGACGAGGUCCGGUCGUGACCUACAGCUGACCUCAGACGCCUCAUUGGUGCAUCCAUUGGAUCCAUCUGAGCUGAAGACGGCGGAGACGUUCUGGGUGAAGCUGGCUCAAAGUGAGUUUGAAGAAGAGAAGCGUCAGCUCGUGGCUCAGGCAGGCCACUCCGCCACAGGAAAGCGGCCAAGGGAGCUAAAGGACAGCAGCAUUCGACGGUUAUCUCCAUUCUUGGAUGGCGAUGGCAUUCUUCGAGUCGGUGGUCGC